UCCCCCUUAGUCUCUCUUUAAUUAGACAACACAAGGCUUCCUCUCUCUCUCUCUCUCUCUCUCUCUCUCUGUGUCUUAUGACUCUGCUUCACCGUCUUCUUCUUCUCCUCCUUUUUUCCAAUUGAUGACUACAAGCCCCGUAAUCUGGAAGCUCAAACGAAGACGACGUCGCAGCGGUGAGGGGUAAAUCCGAAAUUUUCCAUCACCGCCGCCUCAGCAGCAGCAACAGCAACACACUAUAUAUCCUCUUUUGUUAUUACUGCUGCUGUGUUUCCAGACCGAACAAACGAACAGCAACCUCUGUUGAAUGGAUGUCUUGGUGGGCCCCGCCUUCUCCAUCGGGGACGGCCGCGGCCGUCUCUUCGUGAAGCAGAACGUGGAGGCGCUGCCGAGGUCCGAAGAGGCUUCCUCGGACAGCUCGUCCUCGAUCGGGGCUCCCGACGACAGCGAAGAAGACGAUUCCAAAGGAGAUGAUGGCGACGGCGAGGGCGAGGAGGUGCAGAGCAAGUUUAACGGCGGCGGAGGCGGAGGACGGUUGGGUUCUCUGGGUUCGUUUGGUUCGUUAGAAGAGUCUCUUCCAAUCAAGAGGGGAUUAUCCAAUUACUUCUCAGGAAAAUCAAAGUCAUUUGCAAGUCUGUCAGAAGUGAGCUCCUCCGUGAGCUCAGUGAAGGAGGUGGAGAAGAGAGACAACCCAUUCAACAAGAGGAGGAGGGUUUUGAUUGCCUCCAAAUGGUCAAGAAAGUCUUCAUCUUUCUACAACUGGCCCAACCCAAAGUCCAUGCCUUUGCUAGCCCUAGCUGAACAUGAAGAAGAUGAAGAAGAUGAUGAACAGCAGCAGGAACAACAAGAACAGCAAGACCCAUCAUCAGACCAAUCUUCAUCAGAUGACAAGGAACAGCAAGACAGAAGAGCCCCAAAGAAUUUGCUCGACAGAAGGCACAAGAGUUUCAAGUCAAGAAGUUGCUAUUGCCUCUCAGAUCUGCAAGACCAUUAAGAACAUCAACUUGCGUGGCUUAUUUGGUUUUCUUUUUCUUUUUUCUUUUUUCUUUUCUUUCUUUUUUUUAGGGUUGUUGGCUGGAGGGUCUGUCUGUUUCUAUGUCCACCCAGAAAAAAAUUAUAUAAAAUAUAUGUUUUAGUAAAUAUUAUCUCCAUUAUCUUUUGGAUU